AUGGCAAUUCACUUUGGCGAUUGCUGGCAGAUAACAUUUCUACAUUUUCUGAUCCUUUAGCGCUCCUCAGAUUCUGCAGCGGUGGUGCUGUCCUGCGCGCACUCCAGAGUCUGCCUUCAUAUUUAAAGCGAUGAGAGUUUAAUCCAAAACUUGGUUCCGCUUUUUGAGAACCUCUUUUGAUCUUUAUUUUCUGGUUAAUAACACGCGGUACGACUAGAGCUACGCUAUAAGGAAACUUAUGAGCUGUUUAUAAAUGCUAAGUUUGCAAAUAUGAGCGGUGCCUGCCACAAGCGAGAGUCGCGCUCGGGAAGCGGUACCCCCUUUCCAAAAACACGAAAACAGCUGCACAAAACAAGCGACUCGGACAGCAAAUCCGAGGCUGAACUGGCGAUCGGAGACGAGUUAUCACCGUCAGUGAAACCACUUUCCGAAACUAGUGCUAGAGAGAAAGUCUCGGCUCCCUCCCUCGUCGGCUCGCCCGACGCCGGCGUUGUUAAUGAUGCUACCGACCGGGUAGCGAUCCUCAAAACCGCCGCCGUGGGCAUUGAACCCGUCGUGGUAGCAGCAUUGACGGCGCUGAUUGAGCGCAGGUGUGCCGGUUUCCAGGUGAAAAUAGACGAGGACGAGAAGGAAAUCAAAAGGCUGCACCGGAGACUGGAGAGAGCGGAGAGGGAGCUGGAGCGCAUACGCGGGCACCUCGCAGCAAGCGGUGCCAGGGCACAGACUUUGCCAUCAGAAACCUCCCCGACUCGGGUAGAUAACGCAAGUGCUCGCUUCCCUAACCUGUUGAACGAUCACCAGUACACGCGUGGUGGUGGUAUUGAUGAUAACGCUGCACCGGCCCGGAUCACAGACGAGGAUAUUGCGGUAGAAACUGCAAACCAGGGACCUCUGUUUGGCGACUGGGAACAAAUCGAAGCAGAUGGAACUACGACCAAGCGACGCGCAGUACAGGUCCAGGGUAGUGAGACGCAGGCAGAGGACCGGGAAUCAGAGUCUCAGGACUGGGAGCAGAUUGAAGAGGAUGGCGUCACCACAAAGGGACGCGCAGGGUGUGCAGAGCAGGGAGCCGGGUCGUGUGUAAGGAGGGAGAGCCCUGAGCUGGGAGCUGAACCCUUUCAAACAGGGACUCUGAACGCCGUCGCGGUACCGGAACUGGGCCCACUGCGGAUCAAGGAGGAGGUUCUGGACCCGGAGCUGGACUCGUUCCACAUUGUACAGGUCCCAGAAGCAGCAGCAGCCGUCCUGGUGAAGGAGGAGGAGACAGGAGGGAGCAGCUCUGAAGGGGGUUAUGGCGGGUCGGUGCAGGAGAGCCUGCUGCCCACCGGGGGCACUGUCACACGUGUGGUACAAGGCCGCUGCCGAGACGAAAGGGUAAAAAAACUCAAAACCUGGGCCGUGACGAUCCGAAACAACCCCCCGACCCGGCCCCCCUCCUCGGCUUCCCAGGGCCCCGGAGAGAAGCUGCCGUUCCGUUGCAUCGAGUGUGGACGCAGCUUUGGGCUCCUGCAGGACCUGGUGUCCCACCUGCAGCACCACGCGGGGGGCAGCGCGUUCCCCUGCCCCGACUGCGGAGAGUCCUUCGGGGAGCAGCAGGCCCUGCACACCCAUCGGCGCAGCCACAGCGCCGAAGCGCCCUUCCCUUGCUCCACCUGCGGCCGGCGCUUCUGGCACGCCCAGAGCCUGCAGGCUCACAGCCGGGGCCACGGAGCUGCCGGGCCCUUCCUCUGCAACGACUGUGGCCGUCGCUUCGGGCAGCUGCACGGCCUGCAGGCGCACCGGCGCAGCCACACCGGCAAGAAGCCCUUCGUGUGUGGGGCCUGCGGGAAGGGGUUCGUGCAGCGGCAGAACCUGGAGGCGCACAGCAGGAUGCACACCGGAGACACGCCUCACGAGUGCCCGGACUGCGGGAAGCGCUUCGGCUGGGCCGAGAGCCUCCGGAAGCACCGGCUGGUGCACACGGCCGAGAAACGCUUCCACUGCGGAGACUGUGGCAAGAGCUUCCGGCAGCUCAGCAACCUGCAGACGCACAAGCGGACGCACACGGGCGAGCGGCCCUACCUCUGCACCGCCUGCGGCAAGAGAUUCUCCGUCCUCCAGAACCUGCAGACACAUCGGCGCCUGCACACAGGCGAGCGGCCCUACCUGUGCUCGGAGUGUGGCAGGAGCUUUGUGCUGCCGGGGAAUCUGAAGCAACACCAGCGCAUACACAGCGGGGAGAAGCCGUUCCCUUGCCAGGUCUGCGGCAAACACUUCCGCCAGCUGCAGAGCCUCAAGAUCCACGGCCGGGUCCACACCGGAGAGAAGCCCUACCACUGCAAAGUGUGCGGGAGAGACUUCAACCAGUCUCAGAGCCUGAAACAGCAUCUGAGACUGCACUCGCAGAGAGGAGAGAGCACAGAGCAGCACUGACACACAAUACACACUCAGAGAGGAGAGCACAGAGACAGCGAAUAUAGUCUAUCCUGAUAUUGAUGUGAUGCAGCCUUCUGAAAUGUCUUUAUAAUAUACAGCACUAGACCCUGAUAUUGAUGAGACC